GCCAGGACUCUCAGGAUGAAUCUGUCUAGAUCCAGAUCAGGUGACGGUGGUGAAGACCAUAAUCAUCGUGAAAAUGAGAGAAGAUGGCAGCAAGAGCGUCUCCAUAGAGAAGAAGCCUAUUAUCAAUUUAUUAAUGAACUCAAUGAUGAAGAUUAUCGACUAAUGAGAGAUCAUAAUCUUUUAGGCACCCCUGGAGAAAUAACAUCAGAAGAACUACAACAACGGUUAGAUGGAGUGAAGGAACAACUAGCAUCGCAGCCUGAUUUGAGAAAUGGGACAAGUAACAGAGUUUUAGACUCAGAAGUCCCUCGAGAAAGUUCAAAUGAAGAUUCUCUGCUAGAAUGGUUGAACACCUUUCGUCGCACAGGAAAUGCAACUCGAAGUGGACAAAAUGGGAACCAAACUUGGAGAGCUGUGAGUCGAACAAACCCAAACAGUGGAGAGUUUUGGUUUAGUCUGGAAAUCCACAUAAAUCAUGAGAAUAGAGGAUUUGAAAUUAAUGGAGAAGAUUAUUCAGGCAUUCCACUUUCAGAUAUUAGCAGGGAUCAUACUAGCAAUAGGCAAGAAAGAUCAACUAGUCCUGUGGCUAGGCGAACAAGAAGCCAAACCUCCAUGGAUUUCAGUGGUAAUAGUUCCACCAUUACAAGGACAAGGCUUGGUUCAAGGGGGCAGAAUUUAGUUGAAGGAUCACUUUCAACACUGGGAAGGUUAAGGAAUAGAAUUGGGCGGGCAGUUGGCAUUCCUAGAACUAGUGCUUCGCGUGCUAAUUUUAGUAAUCACACAAACCAAUCAGUUGGUAGUGAACUCAGGCAAAGGGAGGGGCAGAGAUUUGGAGCAGCACAUAUUUGGGAAAAUGGAGCUAGAACUAAUGUCACAGUGAGAAAUACAAACCAAAGAUUAGAGCCAAUAAGAUUACGGUCUGCUUUCAGCAGUCAAAGCCGUUCACCAAUUCAGAGACAGAAUGGCACUGCCUAUCAUAAUUCCCAAAGGGAAAGUAAACCUUUGCAGCAAACAAUUAGAAGGUCUGUGAGGAGGAGAGGUAUAACUCGGGUCUUUGUAGAGCAAGAUAGAGAACGCAGAGGUACUGUAAGUGCCCCAUUCUCUAAUUCAAGACUUGUGUCAAGAAUAACAGUAGAAGAAGGAGAAGAAUCCAGCAGAUCCUCAACUGCUGUACGAUGACAUCCAACAAUCACACUGGAUCUUCAAGUGAGGAGAAUUCGUCCUCGAGAAAAUAGAGAUCGGGAUAGCAUUGCAAAUAGAACCCGCUCUAGAGUAGGGCUAGCAGAAAAUACAGUCACUGUUGAAAGCAAUAGUGGGGGCUUUCGCCGAACUAUUUCUCGUUUAGAGCGGUCAGGUAUUCGAACCUAUGUUAGUACCAUAACAGUUCCUCUUUGGAGGAUUUCUGAGAAUGAGGUUGUUGAGCCAUCCUCAGUGGCUCUUCAGUCUAUUUUAAGGCAGAUCAUGACUGGGUUUGGAGAAUUAAGUUCUUUAAUGGAGGCUGAGUCUGAGUCAGAGAUUCAGAGAAAUGGUCAGCAUUUACCAGAGAUGCAUUCAGAACUGAGUAACUUAGGUACAGUUAAUGAAAACAGCCAGCUCAGUGAAGGUUCCUCUCAAGACAGGGAAGCCCAAGAAGACAGCACUGAAAUGCAAGCUGAAAAUGAGACCACCCAGCCUCAGACUCAAAACAGUGACAGUAGAGGAGGCAGGCAGUUGCGAAAUUCAAACAAUUUAGUUGAAACUGGAACACUACCUAUUCUUCGCCUUGCUCAUUUCUUUUUACUAAAUGAAGGUGAUGAUGAUGAUCGAAUACGUGGUUUAACCAAAGAGCAGAUAGACAAUCUUUCCACCCGGAACUAUGAGCAUAAUGGUAUUGAUAGUGAACUAGGUAAAAUCUGUAGUGUUUGUAUCAGUGACUAUGUAACUGGAAACAAGCUCAGGCAAUUACCUUGCAUGCAUGAAUUUCACAUUCAUUGUAUUGACCGAUGGCUCUCAGAGAAUUGCACUUGUCCAAUCUGUCGGCAGCCUGUUUUAGGAUCCGGCAUAGCAAAUAAUGGGUGAAAUGAUGGGAUCUAUUCAAAUAUUGUAUUUUAAUAGAGAUGACUAUUGAAGCAUUCUUUUGUUGAGUUAUUUGUGAUGAGCUAACCAGGAUGAAA